AUGGUGUUUGAACUCCAUGUCUGGGGCCCAGCGUUCGAGCUUCCUUCUAUCGAUGCCCAAUGUCUAGCUGCAAUCUUCUACCUUCGCCAAUGCCUGCCACUUGACCACUGGGUGCUGAUUCCCUCGAGCGACGCUCGAGUCAGUCCUCUGGCAGAACUCCCUGCGUUACGCGAUGGCGAGACUUGGGUCGCUGGGUUCACCAACAUUGUCGACUAUCUCCUUGAGACCUCCAAUGGCGAACGAGACCUAAACAAACACCUCAAUGCCCAGCAACAAGCAGACUGCGCGGCAUUUUCAACCUUCAUCGCGUCACGCGGCCAACCUCUCCUCGAUCUCAGCCUCUAUGUGAGCAGCGACAAUUAUCUUAAUUGCACGAGACAAGCCCUCAGUGAUAUCUUGACAUGGCCAAAGAGCUGGACUUUGCCGCAUCAAUGGCGGGCACAAGCGAAGAAGAGGUCUGAACAUUUAGGUCUGGACAGUCUGGAUGUGGACAGUGCACAGGCGGAGGAGGACAAGAGAGCGGAUACAGGCCUGACCGCGCAUAUUCCCAAGUCUCUGAGAAAACCCAGACAAACAGUCACGGGGCUACUAGGCCGGCACCAGCAAAAGAACCGGUUUCGACUAGACGCUGUCACAGAAGAUUUCUUUGAACCCCUGAGUGAAAUGCUGGGGGAGAAGAACUGGUUACUGGGUGACCAAGCCUGCAGCGCUGAUUGUCUGGCGGUCGGCUACCUGGUGUUGAUGCAGACGCCAGCACUAGAGCAUGGAUGGCUGCGGGAGUCUCUACAGCGGAAUCACGCGAUUCUACACAAGUGGGUGACAAGUCGGGCUGCGGAAGUGUUCGGUCCGCCACCCGAUGUCUCUUGGGUCCUGGGACGGAAGCCUGGGCUUGAACCGGCCGAGUCGCCCUUACCAUGGCGAGCACCAGCUUCUCGCAGUCUUCCACAAGUCGUGCAGGCGGUUGUGGAGGGGUGCAUUAGCUCGAUCCCCGUCAUAGGAUCUGGGUACGGGGUCUCGGAGAUCGGCAACACGCAUGCAUCGGGGCGAGAACGACACCGAGGGAAACAGCUGCAGCUGGCGAGGCUCCAGAGACGGCGAGGUUUGUAUCUGGAGAUUGUGGCGUCAAGUGUGGCGACCGUGGGACUGAUGGCCUGGCUAGUUUACCAAGGGCUGCUACCGGUGCCUCGAUGGGGACGCUCUGUAUCGAGAAGACGCGGAUUUGGCGAAGCAGGCGUGCUUCUUGGACUAUGA